CAUACCGGUCCGAAUUAACGUCGCUAUUGGUUCAAAAUCCAUAACUGGCCUCCGAGAGCCAGGUGUCGUUCACACCGCGGCCUCGCGCCUCGUCUCGUUAAUCACUCGUGUUCGCUAUUGUUAAAGCGCGGUGAACAGCCAUCUUUGUCAAAUUACAACGAGUCAAUUUUAAUAAUUCAGUUUGUUUUGUGUGUUAUAAAGUAAUGGAACAAAACGCAGUGCGAUCGACGCGUAGUGUGGUGGAAUCGAGUGCAUCGUUACGUUCUCUUUUGUUUCACUAGUAGCCGACGCUUCGUUGAAUGGAAGCAUUUAUACGACGGCGUUAACAACCAGUCGACCAUUAAAAUGAUGGAUGAUGUCGCCUUUUGCAAAAACAGUGCAAUGUGACGCUUUUAGUGAAUAAUGUGAAGGAUGCUGUCAGUGUUUAUGUUUGAGCGCGUUUGUGAUGAGAACUGCGUCGUAAUUCGUGAUACACAUUGCAUAAAUGAGUGAAAUGGCGUUGCGGAGCGCGCGGGCCCGAGCAUGCGCGCCAGUUUCUUCGCAAUCGCCAGAAACGCACUGACUAGUGUCCAUCGUUUACGUUCAUAUCAAAAUGGGAAGGUCGAGAUUCCCGGGGAAACCACUCAAAUUCCAAAAUAGAAAGCGUGUUAGUGUAUUAUCAGGGACUGUUUACCAUGAAACUGCUGGAGAGAGUCACCCGCCCGCCCGCGGCGCUGCUGCUAAUGAUUUUGUUGGGGAGCAAGAGGAGGAAGAAAAGAAAGAAAAUAAUAAUAAAAAUGAGGUUAACGAAACCAGUGAAAAUGAAGUAAAAGAGAGUGCAGCAAACAGUAACAAACCAGAUAAUCUUGAUAAAAACACCAGCGACGCAUCCAAAUCCCCAGUUCGCACAAGAUCACAGAACAAAAUGGAGCCAGUUAAAAAUGAAAAACCAAAACCUGCAAAGAAAACGGUCACUUUUGGUAGUGUGGAAAGUUGUGAAGACAUAUUCUUCCCAUUGAAAAAGAUAUCUUUGAAACCUCAUGCUCCGCUUGUACCAAUCAUAAAAAAGAAAUCAUCUCUCAAACAGACAGAAUAUUCAACAUUUAGCAGUAUUCUAAAACCAGCAAAGCUAACAGAUUUAAGCUCUAAGUCAACAUCAGAACAUCAAGAAGGAUAUUUGAGGAAGAAUUUGAACCCUCUCUCAAAGCCUAUGAACAAAUUUUCUCAAUUUACUGAAAGCCGUUGUAUAUCACCUCCUCCAAGGAAUUCAUCUCCGAUAGACAAGGAAAGUGGAUCUACUGCAAAGUUUGUGUUACCAGUUAGGAGUGUUCAUUCCUCAAGAGUCAUUAAACCUAACAAGAGGUUCAUAGAUGGUGAAGAACAAAACAGUACAUCAAGUGGUAUCACAACAGGAAAAGUUCUCAAAAAGCCAAAGCUUAAGAGAUUAGUUUUUAACAAUCUUCCUGACAAUGAUGAUGAUACCCCUGAUGAGGAACAAUUAGAAAAAAUAAUUGACAGUGAGAAAAAUAGAGACAAACAAGUCUUAAAAACAUCAAACCUAUUCAAGGAUAAAACUACUAAUUCAUUUUCCUCAUUGAGCAAUAGUUCCAGAAAGCCUAUGCAUGACCUAUUUAAGUAUGAAAAAGAACCAGACUUCUCACAAGAUGAAAAUUCUAAUCUAGAGAGUCUAGAUAAACUAAAAACUAUAGAGACAACAAAAGAGGACAGAUCAGGACACGCAAUGCGAAAACUUAUGGAUAUAUCAGACGCCAGUAGUUCAAGUAGCACAAGUAGUGGUUCUGAAUCUGAAGAAAGUUGGGAAAGUGAUAGCCCAGUUGCAAGCUGUGAUGAGGGAGAGAGGCAGACGCCAUCUAGUCCAGAAAAAGAUAAAUCCUCAGCGUCUCAACUCCUUCGAGGAAAGGUUAUCAUUAGAGAGGCCAGACUGCAACUUAAUCCUCCCACACAGUCUUCAUCUGGACUUGAUGGCCCAUUUUCUACACUUACAUCUCCAUCAUCAAAUAAUCCACCCACAACGGUUACAUGUGGAGUUUGUGGCGCAGUACGCUUCUACAGAUUCGUCAAACAAGCACGAAAAUUCGGAAUAUAUUCUUGCGAGUCUUGCCGCAAAUUUAUUUCUAAAUUAUUGAAGAAGGAAAAGUUGUCACAAAGAAGUGGACCUGUUGUGAUGCAAUGUUUGAAGGGUGAAGGGAAUUGUCAUGUGCCUCCAAUAGUGCGGUCACAACAAUGGAAAUUACUGCGUUGUACAAACAAGGCACGAUGUCCAGCCUGUUGGCUUAAGAUGUGCCUAAAAGCUUUCCAAGUACCUCCUAAUAUCAGGGCUAGUCUUACUGCAAUGUUGCCACCUUAUAUGAGGUCAGGGGUGAAACCUGCAGGCUCAUUGUCACCAGCCAAUCCGUUACGAGUACCGCCUACUACUACCGCUACAACCGCGGCCGUAUUUGGUAUGGCUAAUAAUGACAAUGAUAACAAAAUAUUUGGAAUGUUAAAGACGGUUAAAAAGUCUGAUGAACCUGAAAAAGUUGAGAUUAAGUCAACAAAAGAUCGUGCUGCAUCAGAUGAAAAUAAUGAAGAUCCAAAUACCACCCGGAAGCGUCAAUUAACAAGGAUAAAAGUAAGGAAAAAAGAUAAGUCAGAAUCUAAACAAACUGAAGAUCCAAAAAGACAAAAAGUGGAACUCAAAGGACCUAGAGUCAAACAUGUGUGUCGAAGUGCAUCAAUUGUUUUAGGACAACCUAUAGCGACAUUCCCCACACAAGAGGAAAAAGACAAACAAGAUAAGACUUUGUGUGACGAUGAUAAUAGUGUCUCACUGCCGAUUGAGAAGGAUGCAGAAAUUCCUGACUUAUCAAGCAGUGAAUCUGAUAUUCUAUCAGAGAAUAGAGCACCACAAGUAGUUCCAGAAGCUAUGGUGACCAAGGACACAGAGGAAACUCCAGUGGAAACCAAGAAGAGGAAAGUGGAGCUAAUAGCAACUAAACAAAACAAAGUUGAGUCCAGUGAAGAUGAGUCUAUUAUGGACCUUGUGCCUAAAAAGGCUAUAAUGAAACCCUUAUCUAACAUCACAAAUAUUCGCGGCCGCUCUCAGAAGUGUGGUCAAAAUCGGCCAGAAUUAAUCUGCGUCGACUUUUGGGAGAGCUAUGAUCCAGAUGAGGUGUGCAAUUCAGGAUUUGGCCUCAUUGGGACUUCACCUUUCACUGUUGCAAGAUUGUGUUUCUUAUGUGGAAGUGCUGGAAAAGAAAAGAUGCUGGUGUGCGGCAGCUGUUGCGAGUGGUACCACCGCUGGUGCGCGGAGGAGUCGUCGGGCGGGCGCGGCUGGCGCUGUGCGCGCUGCGCGGCUUGUGCGGCAUGCGGGCGAGGCGCUGCACGUCUGCGCUGCCGCGUGUGCGCCGCGCCUUACCAUGCCGCCUGCUUGCCCGCGCCGCCCCAGCGCCGCGCCGACUGGCCACAGAUCUGUAGUGCGUGCCUUAAAUGCAAGAGUUGCGACAGCACGCGCGUGAGCAAGUUCGUAGGGAGUCUCCCGUUCUGUGGGCCGUGUUUUAAAUUACGUCAAAAAGGCAAUUACUGUCCACUAUGUCAAGCCUGCUACAGGGAUAAUGAUUUCGAUAGCAAGAUGAUGGAGUGCGGUUGGUGUGCUCGCUGGGUGCAUGCUAGCUGUGAAGGUUUAUCUGGAGAGGACUAUCAACUACUAUCGGCGCUACCACCGUCCAUCGAAUAUAUUUGCUGUAAGUGCAUGCCACAUGAUCCGCCUUGGAGGAAAAUGCUCACUGAACACCUCAAAGGAAGGUUACUACAUCUGCUUAAACUACUUGCCAAGAAUAAGAAGGCGUGCGCUCUAUUGAAACUGACGCCACACAAGAACACACCAGUUCCAAAUAAACCAUAUCGUCUUAUGUCGCCCCAGGCCAUAAGGAAACUUCAUUUUGAUGUAGCUGAUGAAUCCAUGAAAACAAAUGAGACGAAAGUGUAUAGGAACACUGCGCGGGGGCGCAGAAACAACAGUUUCCCGCAAAAUAAAUUUGAAGAUUUAAAUGCGUCACAAGUAUGGCGAUGCUCGUCGUUGCUAUCAGACGUUGAAAUAGAAAAAGAAGACAUUCCUCACACUACACACAAAGUAGUCAAUUUACAGGAGCCAUUGAUGCAGAACAAAGAGAUAUGUUUCUCUACUGGUCUGUAUGGUACUAAAACAGAAUUUGAUACACCAUGUGUAGAAGUGCAUGAAAAUUAUCCACCUCAAAAUAAGAUAGAAAAGGCCACAACAAUGUUGCCUACGACUGUGCAUGAUGAUAAAUAUGAACCCAUAUCAGAUGACGACGAACCUAUGAAGAGUUUCCCGCAUGCUCGUAGUGAGCAAGAUUUAAGCCCAGCUCUUGUUAGAUCAGCAGGCAAUGAUAUUGAUGAUGAUUGCAACAGAGUUAUGUCUCCUUCAUUAUUGGAUAUUAAAAAGCGGGUCAACAGUGAUGAAUACGUUUCUCUAAAAGAUUUCAAUCACGACAUGAAGGACGUUAUUGAUCGAACAAUAUGUGACGAUCUCAAAUCAAUAUACAAAGACUUGUUUACUGAGACAUUCCCUUGGUUUGAUUGCGAAAAUAACUGCCUCCAACCAAACUUAGAGGUGGAAGGAGAACAUGAUGACACAGAUUCAUUAAAAGAUGUUGAUAUGUCAAAUAAUAAAGGAGUAAAAACAACAGUACAAUCAAUUGAAAAGCCUUUAGAUCAAAUAGUUCCGAAGCUUGAAAAUGUUGACAGCAAAUUGGAGGAAGAAUUACAAGAGUUUUAUCCAGUUGUAGAUUCCAGGACAUGUGUCCUAUGCAAAGAGGUGGGAGAUGGUUCACCUUCAAUGGAGGGGCGACUACUUUAUUGCGGACAAAACGAUUGGAUUCACGCAAAUUGUGCAUUGUGGUCUGCUGAAGUAUUUGAAGAAAUAGAUGGAUCAUUGCAAAAUGUCCAUUCUGCAAUAUCAAGAGGCAAAAUGAUAAAAUGUGCAUCUUGUGAAGUUAAGGGUGCAAGUGUUGGAUGCUGUGCGAAAAAUUGUAGUGAAACUUAUCAUUACUCUUGCGCCAGAAAAGAAAGUUGCGCAUUUAUGGAUGAUAAAAGAGUAUUUUGUCCUACUCAUGGUAAGGAUGUUCCAAAGAAAAGCUUACAAAAAGAUGCAGAUUUUGAGUUGACAAGACCAGUUUAUGUGGAAUUGGACAAAAAGAAAAAGCGAUAUAGUGAAAUCACUAAAGUACAAUUUAUUCUGGGCUCCUUGGUUGUCCAUAGCCUGGGAAAAAUAGUCCCAUCUGUGUCAGACUAUGAAGAGUUUCUGAUGCCUGUCGAUUUUUCAUGUACUCGAUUGUUCUGGUCUUGCAAAAAGCCUACCAAGAUAGUGAAGUACACUAUAAAGACGAAAUUAAUACUGGCAGAACCAGUACCUGGCUUUGAUUUUGGUGUAAACAUAACUGUAGACCACAGUUUAGAUGUUCAUGUGGUUGACAGAGUUAUGGCUGAGAUUGGGGCUUGGCAUGAAAGUGUAGAGACUGGAUCCAGCAAAUCAGUCCUUAUGUUCAAAAAUGACAAGUCGCCCAAGAAGUUCGGAAACUCAGUCACACUUGAAGAUUUAGCUGUGAAACAAGUAGUUGAAUACUUACUAGACAAUGUAUGUAAACAAGAGCAACAAGAUGAGGAAGAGCCUCAAAAUACAGCUGAUCUUUUGCCACCUGAAGUGAAAGAUGCUAUAUUUGAAGAUUUGAAUCAUGAUUUACUCGAUGGAAUCUCUAUGCAAGAUAUAUUCCAAGACCUGAGGAAUGAGUUUUACUGCGCAAUGAGUCAAUCUGACGAUAAAAGUAAUGAUAAGUCUGAUUUUCGGUCCACAGAUUUUAUAGAUGAAUUGCUCAAUGCAAGGUUUGAAUCUGGAAGCAAGGAAUUAAAACGAAGUAAAUCAGAAAUGCUUCUGCAAAGUCACAAUCUGAAAUCAUUGACUACUGGCCGAGGGCAACAGCGAUCUAGUAGUUGGAACAACAAAUUUGACACUAGUCUAUUGUCUUCUACUAUUAAAAGAUGUAAGAUGGGCAAAUCAUCAACUAUCACAGGCAAAAUGAGCCCUGUUCAAAGAGUAUCAUUACCAGAGAAUACAUUGGACUCCAUAAAAGAACCAAAUGGUUCUCAAAAUACGGAGAAGAAAUUGAAAACAGAAACUUGUACUAAUAGUGCAAUCUGUGAAGAAAGUCCCCACACGUCUGGUAUUAAUUACCGUUCGACUACUUCAAAAGAAAAAGAAGAAACCCGUGAAGAAAAGACAGAUAAAACUGAAGGAUAUUUUACUGAUGUCAUUGACUUUUACACUAAAAUCCAGUGCAGUCCGAUAUCUCAGUUAGACGGUGCCGCCGAUUGGUCGGGGUCUGAAAGCACUUGUAGUUCAAGACCAAACAGUCCACGGUACCUUGAUAAUGACUUUACGCCUAUACAACAAUUGGAUGGCGCUGAAGACAAUCACCCUGGCAAUGACGCAUCUAGAGUGCAAACAAACCAGUUUAUGUAUAGAGCCAGUGGAACAGAGAGCUACACAGUCACUUUUUCUGGUAACUCUAUUAGUGGCCAACCAGAAUUGGUAAUGAGACCUUUAGAUGAUACAUCGGGAACAUCGAGCCAAAUGGAACAACCAGUGCGAUGUGAUAGAUGCCAGUGUACUUAUAGAAACAAAGAGUCGUACGAUCGACACGUCCCUUCAUGUGACAUGAUGUCGACAAGCGAAAGCGAGAGUGAAAAUCCUAAGUCGCCAGAAAACAGGACCUUAACGACAUUGCAAAAUGCUUUCCAAGGUGCAUUUGCGCAGCCAAUGAUCAUUCACGCAGGGGUGGUAAGCGGCACCGAAAACACUGUGAAGGCAGAAGGAAUUUCAGCUAGAAGGACAUCUAUCAACACUAGACAGAUAACAAUCAACGGUACAAUAGUUGAAACUCCAUCCCCAGGUCCAUCAAAUGAAAUGACUAUGACCAUUACUGAACAAAUGAAAUCAGGCACUGUAAUUUUCGACCAAAGCAAGGCAACAAAUGUUCAAGUGUCGACAAAUCAACAAGUGCUUUCGUCACCUCAAAUUGUUGUGACGCCACAGAUGAUACUACCUCCGAAAACUAGCGUUGCUAGUGGACAAAAAAUUAUGACUCCACAAAUAAUAACGCAACCUGGAAUUCUCCCGUACAACAUUUGUGUAAAAUCUGGAAAUGGAACUAACAUUCAACAAAUACAGAGUGGCACAGACAUGACCCAGCUAUUGUCUGGUACGGGAGGAAUACAAGUUAUUUCAUCAAAUUCAAACCAAGUGCUGACUAUACCUUCCAAUCAACAAGCAAACAUAACCUCCAUGAUUCAAGGCAAGAACCAAGUUGCCAACUUCCCAAACAUGGCAAGCGCAUCUUCUAUCGCUUUGCCAGUUAAUUCUAUUCAGGGGAUGCCUAGUACAUCAAUCAUCCAAAACAUACAACCUAUGAUCCGCCCUACAAAUCCUACGAUAGUAGUUCCUGCAAUGACAGCUCAAAGAUUGACAUCUCCAAACUCCCAAAACAAACAGCAACUAAUACUGCCUGGUACACCACAAAAAUCGCCUAAAAAACAACCACCACCAGUGCAGCCCAAACCUAUUUUCCAAUCGGCAAAUCGCGGAAGAGGACGUCCUAUUCCAAAACCAACUACUAUUAAGAGACCAAAUAAAGUUGAGAAGUUCACGGCUAUUAACCAGUCACCGAUUGGUCCUGGUAACACAGUAAUACAGUUGCAAACAAAUAAUCAGGGUGGUCAGCCCUCGAUUAUAGUGCAACCAGUGGCAAAUCAAAAUCUAAUGUCAGCCUAUGUUGAAGCAUUGUCUCAACAACAAAAUCAAAAUAUGCAAUACAUAGCAACAAUUGCACCACAGGGAGACUUUAAAACUGGCCCAACGCAAUUUAUUUCACAGAGUGGCCUGGUGCCCCAGACAUUCCAAAUACAACAGACAGAAUCUGGUGGUUUAGUCGCAGUGCCUAGCGGUGGAAUUCCAGUGUUGUUACCACAAGGAAAUGUUGGAAUAUUGCCACAGGCUAUUCAACAAGGCACAACAAUAUUACCACAAGGUGCAAUACAAGCACAAGGUAUAAUUUCACAGGGUCCCAAUGGGCCAACUAUUUUGCCCCAAGCUAUUCACACGCAAAAUGGAACGACAAUAAUCCCGCAAGGAACCAUUCAGGGCCUGGCACCUGGUAAUAUAACUUCGCAAACUGCAACACUUUUGCCCAAUAAUACUUUACAAACUGCAGGCGCUACAGUGGUGCCCCAGAGUGGGAUCAGUAAUGGACAAACUACUAUAAUUCCUAAUGCAGCUUUACAACCUCAAGGCAAUACUUUAAUAUCAUCAGCCCCUGGUGCUACAAUAUUGCCGCAAGGUACGCUGCUUCCACAAUUCUGCAAUGAACAGGUUUUGCUUGGUUCAACUCCCACCUUGGAGAUGGUUGCAGAUCCAUCUGGAUGCAUGUACUUGACAACAACACAACCAGUAUAUUACGGACUGGAGACUAUAGUGCAAAACACAGUAAUGUCCUCUCAACAAUUUGUUUCAACUGCCAUGCAAGGAGUCCUCGCUCAGAACAGUAGUUUUUCAGCAACUACGACUCAAGUAUUCCAAGCUAGUAAAAUUGAACCAAUUGUGGAAGUGCCGACAGGCUAUGUGGUGGUGAAUAAUGUGGGUGACGGCGUGACUACGGUGUCAACACCUAACGUUGUUACGGCACAAUCUGUGCAGUCAUCCCCGCCGUCGAUAAAGACAGUAAAGACAACGAUACCUAACUUAACUUUACAACCAUUGCCGGAUAAAUCUAAUCAUAAUAAUCGACAGACUCCUAAAGUAAUUCAAAUGAGCCAAACACCCAUUGCGGUAGGAUCACAAUCUGGUCCCAAUACAAUAAUAACUGGUCGACAGAGUAUUAAUCCGAUAACAUCGCAAAUACAUAGCAUGACAUUGUCUAGCACUUCUCAGAGUUUACAAAGGGGGAAUAUUUCUAAGCCCAAUAAUGUGUCCAUGUCUCCAUCAGUGACACUAGUGUCAUCAAUUGGACAGCCCGUGAUGGCUAUAUCGCAAUCCAUACCAAACUCUGCGCCGUCAUUUUCUAUGCAGUCAAUACCGCUGUCGCAGCCCAUUGUAUCGAGUUCAAUUGCGCCAUCGACAAAUAAAAACAUAAAAAUCGAAAAUUCGCAUGUGAUUGAAAUAAGCGGCAAUUUGCAAGACCACCACUCAAUGUCUGCUAACAUGCCGACUAUAAGCGUUACACAAAGUAUGAAGUCGCCGACACCUUGGAGACAGCUAACUUCAUCAAGCAAUGCUGGAAACUCGGAUAGUAAAAUGGAGUUACAAAAUAUUACAUCGAAACAAAAUAUGAAUAACAUGGGCAUGCAAAGUAAUUUGUCUGGAAGGUCUCAUCUUCACAGUGAUAAUGAUAAAUUGAAUCAAAAUUGCUUAAUGUCUAUAUCUAAUAAUGCAAACUCUAUGUCUGGCAUGAAUCUACAUUCGCAUCAGUUUGAUAAUAAUUUGAAUGUAGCCCACCAUCCAUCACAUUCAACGUCUAACAAUGUAAUUCAAAUUACUGCUGGAAAUAUAUACCCUCCAGCGUCAAUAAUGAACAGUAAUUUUGAUGCAGAUACAUCAUUAAAACUGAGUAAAAUUAAUGCACUCUCUAAAACCGAAGGUGGGCAUUUGAACUUUUCGCAAGAAAUAAUGGCUUCUCAUUCACAGCAACAUUCUAACAAUGACAAGACUUUCCAAAACUUGGGACCCAACGACAACAAACAUAACGAAAGUGUGUCAAAUCAAAUGAACAUACAUAAAUUGAACAGUUGCCAAAUGGCUGGUAAUAUUAAUAACCAACCGGCCAUUAGCAUCAUACCUCACAAUGUUAUGCGUUCGCAAUCUCAAAACCAUCAAAACAAUUUGUCUGUUCCAAAUAAUCAAAAUCAGAUGUGUUCAAUGACAAAUAAUGGGCAUGGCCAGGUCCAAUUAUUAAAUUCUGGAAACAACUCCAUCCAAAACGUAAACUUAUCUUGUCAAGAAUCAACUAACAACAGAAUGACUGCCAUGGUUUCGAGUGAUAAUAGCUUGCAGAUGAACCAGCAUGAGAUGUCUAAUAAUUCUAUAAAUACAUCUAGCAUGCAACAUUGCAAUAUGCAGGUGAUGUCCCAUGAAAAUAACCAGUUAUCAACAAAUAACCAAAUACAUAUUAUGAAUGGGCAAAUCCAAAACCGUCAAGUGGAUAACAGCAAUCCGUUACAGCAGAUGAAUCAAGGAACUUCUGGUAGAUCAUUUCACGAUAAUAUGAUUACUGCACAACAAAAUCAUAAUCAGUCAAACAUGCUUAAUAACCGAAACACUCCCGACACCAACAAUCUUAUGAAUUCUUCAAUGAGCAUGCAUAGCCUAGGAAAUAACAAUCAUAAUGUCAAUAGAUCAGACCUGAAUGAUAUGAAUCACAUGCAGAUACAGCAAUCCAUGUCCAAUAUGAACAUGCAAAGCAAUCGAAUGAUGAUGGAUAAUAUUCAGGCACACAACAUGAACUCCAUGAGCCAUUCCAUGCAUUCUAAUAGAUCAAUAGACAACAUGCAUAACACACAAUUGCACAACAUGCAGCAGAUAAAUCAUCACAUGACCAAUAACAACCGACCUUUUAUAGAAAACAAUAUACACGUAAAUCAACAGAUGUCCCUUCAACAAAACAGGCAAAUGGAUCAUGUUGGACUUCAUCAACACCAAAUGUCGAAUGUUAUGCAAAUUCAAAACAAUCGCCAACACAGCGAUAAUAACAUGAUGAGUAUGCACCAGCAUGUGCAGAAUCAGAUGCACACCAGGCAACAAAUGGAUAAUGGUAUGCAUAUGCAUCAUAUGUCCGGAAGUUCGUCAACUAUGAGCUUAAAUACUCAGAUGGAGAACUCUGGUCCAAUACCUAAUAUACACAAUAAUCGGUAUGACAAUAAUUCUAUUUCCAUGCAAAAUAUGAACGUUAUGAACCAAAUACAAAACAACAGAAGUACAAUGGAGCAUGCGUCAUUAAUGCAACAUCAGAUAAAUAACAUGAAUACUAUGAAUAUUCACAACAAUAUGAAUAAUGCAAUGCAAAUGAGCAAUAGUAAUCAUCAGUCUAUAAAUAAUUCAUUGUUACACGGACCUAAUAUCCCAGAUAUCAAAAAUGAAAUCCAAAACUCAUGCAGUGGAAGCUGUUCCAAUACCACCAAUAACCAAUUUUCAAAUAACCAGAAUCCAUUGGAAAUGUGCUCGAAUAAUAUGACAAUGGGCUCAGGGAACAUAAUGCAUGGAAUUAACGUAAAUAAUUCUAAUAUGUCCAAUAACAUGAUAAAUAACGUAAAUAACAGUGCUAUGUAUGGCGGUGCCUCACAAAACAAUAUGACAGGACACGACAUUCUAAUGAAUUGCUCCAAUUCAUCGGAUCAUGGAGUAAACAAUCUUAUGACAGGAAGUUCAAAUCAUAAUAUGAUGAUAAACUCGCAAACUCACGUUACAAACAACCAGAAUCCGAUUCUCAAUAGCCAAGUCUCUAACAAUACUCAAAUAAACAUUAGCAGUUGUAGCAUGAAUACUAAUAACACGCCCCAAAACCAAACUAUACCUAACUUGGAUAACCAGAUAAGUAGAAAUAAUAUAUCGCUGAAUGAACCCCCUAAAUUUACACCAGAUUCGAUGAGAGGUAAAAACAUCAUCGGACCCCCUCCAAGUACAACUAUGUCUAUUUCAAAUAUGCCCAACAAUGACUGCGCCAAAGUGAAUUCUGUGAAUAAUGAGAAGCAAAACCAUACAAUAUCAGUCAAUAAUCAAAUUGGCUAUAUGCAGAUGAAUUCACAAAAUAAUAGAGUUAUAAAUCUCCCAGAAAGGAGUCGGAUAAAUAACGCAAAUAUAGACAAUCAACAUGUUCAACAGCAACAUAACAUCCGUGUGGUUACAAACAAUAAUAACAAUACAGUGACUGGGCUCUCGGCGGACCCGUUGACAUUCCAACAAAAGCCUGAAAAUAGUGGUACUACCAUAAAUGUACCAUUCCAAGCAAUACCCAAUAGUGCCCCUAUGAAUAUUAAUGUGAAUUCAAGCAACAACACUGUUAAUAUUACAGUUCAAAACAACCUCGUCGAUCCUAAGAUAGCUUCUAAAGCUGCGGCUGAUAUAAACUUUCCCCUUCAAGGGAGCACCAAUUUAUUACAAAAUCAAAAUAACAAUAAUAGCAAUAUGAUAUGUAUUCCUGUCCCUAAUAACUCCAUCAAUUUACCAACUCAAAACAGUUCAAGUAUUACAUUACCCAAAGCACCACCGACUCAGCAAUCGGGUAUACCAACGAAUGUCGUGAACCCGAUGUCCAUGAGGCCUAUGAACAGAGUGCUGCCGUUGCACAGAGAUGGCCAGAGCAAAACAUCGAAAACGUCUACAUCCAAGACAGUAGCUGUGCCCAAGCAAAGACCUGUUAGUCAUGAUAUGCCAGAUCUCAAUAUAAAGGAUGAAACUAUUGAUAGCGAUCUUGAAAAGGCUAUCGAAGAAUCGAAACGGAUGAUGGAGUUGGAACGAGCAAAGAGAGAAAAAGAAGAAAGAGAUGCGGCUCAGGCUUUACAACUAUCUACGGAAAUCCACAGAGCGAAUACCAGCACCGCUUCUGUCGAAGGCGAAACUAUGAGAAUUAGUGAGCCGGCUGAAAUAACUACUAAAAUGACUUCAUUACCCACAUUGGAUUCUGAAAUAAUUGAUAAUGAACCACCUAAAGUGUUGGCUGAGAAAGACACAAACAGAGUACCUACAGCUAUCAAGACAUCGACAACGCCAAUAAAAGUAAUGAAAAGGCCUCUUGGUGACAAAAAAUUUGAGACUGAGACUUUUACUACAAAGAAGAUUAGUAAAUUUGCAAAAGAGAACAAAUCAUCAUUGUCCAAGCCAACGCAAGAUCCACCUAAAGAUGAUGGUCCUAAGCUGAUAUACGAGGUGACUUCAGAGGACGGAUUUAACUACUCUUCGUCCUCACUGACUGAUCUCUGGGCUAAAGUUAUUGAGACCGUACAAAGUGCCAGAAAACAGUCAGGAUUACCCUUGAUUCAAUACAAUCUACCAUCUACGUUGUCCGGCGCUCAUCUGCUGGGUCUGAACAACAAUGCUUUGAGAUACCUCGUCGAACAGCUGCCGGGCGCAAGCCGCUGUAUAAAAUAUAAAGUGCGUCAGGGUCGGCAGCUGAGCAGCUGGGAUAACGACUUAGAUUUAAGCGAAGGAUUCAAAGAGAGCCCUUGGGGCAGUGCGAGAACUGGCCCAGUAUCAAGGAAACAAAAUCACGACAUGUUUAGCUGGAUGGCGUCGCCAUUCAGAGAGGAGCCGCCUCCAUUCGGUGGACAAGAAGGAGACAGCUCUAUUUCUAGGCGGUUAGCGACUUUACCUCCAGCGAUGAGAUUUAGACAAUUAAAAGAAACAUCUAAAGCUUCAGUGGGCGUCUACAGAUCCCACAUUCACGGACGUGGCUUAUUCUGCAAACGAGAUAUUGAAGAAGGCGACAUGGUGAUAGAAUACGCAGGUGAGGUGAUCCGCGCGGUGCUGGCCGACCAACGCGAGAAGCGGUACGAGGCCAUGAGCGGGCGGCGCGGCGUCGGCGGUUGCUACAUGUUCCGCAUCGACGACAACCUGGUGGUGGACGCCACGCUCAAGGGAAACGCCGCGAGGUUCAUCAACCACUCGUGCGACCCCAACUGCUACUCCCGCGUGGUGGACAUCCAUGGCCACAAACAUAUUCUGAUCUUCGCGUUACGCCGAAUCACGGUCGGCGAAGAGUUGACUUACGAUUACAAAUUCCCAUUCGAGGAGGUCAAGAUUCCAUGCACCUGCGGCGCCAAGAAAUGCCGCAAGUACCUAAAUUAAUCUUUGUCAAGUACAGUAUUUACUGAGUGAGUGACUUUUUUGAUUGUGUCAAUUAUGGUUGUCUUGUAAGAACAAGUACUCGGAUUUGUGGUUUAUCACCAAAUAAUGUGAAUGUAACGUAAUGAUUUUGAAACGUGUAUGUGAUUUUGGAAAAAUGACGCAUUAUUUUCGGUUGAUAUACAGAGAGCCAUACGGCCUCUUAUUAAAUGUUUUAGCAUAAUUAUAAGAAGUACAUAACUGACGUAGACAUAAACGUGUAAUGUAGAAAUACGAAAAUUAACAAUUAAAUGUAUUGACGUUUUGUGAUCGUGCGCUGGAUACGCAUGUGUACGUGACAACGUGUGUGGGGUAGUGAGUACAACGGACCUCCUUACAGUAGCGAGGUUGUUUUGCGGGAACAUGAGUGCUGAGUGUAAAGAAUGCUGGAGUGAGCACAAAUGUGUACAUAAUAAUGUAUUUAAGACAAUAAGUGAAAGUCACAUAUCGCGUUACUCCCACCUUGUAUCUUGACAUAUUUAGUAUCACUGGCAAGUUUGGAAGUUUUAUGAAUCUUGUUAUGAUCUCUUUCUUGAAUCUACCCAGUGUUAGAUGAGGGAUUGUAUAAUAAUUUUGAAUUAAUUUUUACUUAAAUGAAAGUUAUUUUGAGAUAGUUUUAUACAUUUUGUAAAUAGAUUUUUUAAUUUUUUAUUUCUUUAAUGUAGUGUGAUCAACGAUUCGCGAACGGCUUAAGUGUUAAAGAUGUUCACACUUAAUAUCGAUGUGAUAGCGCUUAGAGCCAGAGGAGGGUUAAGAACGGUUGCUGCGUACUGCGUAGAUAGUUGUAUAUUUGUUCCUCGAUAAGUUCUUAUUUCCCUUCACUUGUGAUCAGUUAAGUCUCGACUAACAUAGCGCGUACGUGUACAUAUAAUGAGGAAACUUUAAAGGUUAUAUUAAAAUUAGUACACUCGAAAGUGGGUUAGCGAGGUUAUUACAAGUACAAUGUUACUUUUUAAUAAUUUUAACGUGUAUUGUAUAGUAAAAUUGUAAAUAAGAGGAAUUAUGUCAUAAUAAUGAGUUUAAACGACAAAUCGUUUUAUUGUAGUCAUAGCGGUAGGUUGUAUUUUAUAGAGCAUAUUUGAUCGUGUACAUAAUAAGUUAUUGUGUGUGAGGCGGGCGCGGGGGUCGAGGGGUCGGGGCGGCGGGGGAGCGAGGGGCAGUCGCCUCACGGUGCUAGGGGCUCCGACACUCUGCCGCGGGACGGACGCGUCCGUGCUCGGUACAGUGGCUCCGUAUUACUAGCAACGUUUCAAUAAAAAAUGCACAUUUGUUAGCUUUAAAUAGUUUCAGCACAGCUUGGGUUUUAUUGAAUGUAUUUUUUUUAGUAAUAUAACUUUAUUCCUUGCGUGUCGUUUUAUUGGCAAAUAUGUAUUUUGCAUUUUUUUUUUCUCAGCAUUUAUAGACUGACUAAUGCAUCACACGAUGAGUUAGACUUAGCCAUCACAUGCGGCAAUAUACGGAUGUAAAUCGCUUCACAUA